UUUGAGGAUGGGUCUAUCGAUGGAAUCAAGAUGGCGACUCUGGCGAAAGCGCCAAUAUAUUUACUGAAGUAAAUGUCCAAAAUUAACCGCGGUAGCGUGUAUUCUCAAGCCCCCGAGGGGUUCCGUGAAGGCAGGGAUCAUGUUUUGGGAGAGGAACUGACCGGGAUUUAUACCGUAACGAAAUCAGCGAGAUGUGCGAGAGCUAUGCCCGCUCGCUGCUGCGUGUUUCGGUGGCGCAGAUCUGCCAGGCUCUGGGCUGGGAUGCGAUUCAGCUCACUGCGUGCGAUCAGCUGUCCGAUGUGCUGCAUCGGUAUAUCCAGCAGUUGGCCAGGGUCUGCCAUCGGUACUCUGAGCUCUAUGGACGGACGGAUCCAGUCCUGGAUGAUGUCAGCCAGGCCUUCAGACUCUUGGGGGUGAGUCUGAGUGAACUGGAGGACUACGUCCACAACCUGGAACCCGUGGCCUUCGCCCAACAAACACCCGUCUUUCCUGUCAGCAAAAACAACGUCCUGCAGUUUCCCCAGCCUGGAGCCCGAGAUGCAGAGGAAAGGAAGGAUUACAUUCCAGAUCACAUGCCACCCCUGGUCUCCCUGCAAGAAGAAGAGGAGGAGGAGGAGGCGGCCCUCGCUGACAUGGGCACUUCGGCCGAAGCUAUGCAGGUGGCUCUGGAGGACGAUGAGGAAGAAGUGGACGAGGAUGAGACUGUCAACGACGAGAACCACCCACUGAAGAGGCACUUGGACAGUCCUGAUGCGGCUCUGGGCAUGAUGCCUACCUCCAAGAGACCACGCAUGUACCCUGGCCUCAGCCCAGAAUGGGGGGUUGAGCCCAGGGAGCCCCUCACCUCUCUCAACCCUCAACGUGUUCCCCCAGGCGUGCUGCCUACUCAUGAUAGCCUUGACCCCCUGUCACCCGAAACACCUGCUGGAGCCCUGCCCCCCUUCAGACCUCAGCCGGUGGUACCAAAACACUCUGAUCAAAAGGGCCUUACCACUCCAGGAAGAAAGUCUAAGGUUUCAUCGCCUGGCAGACAACGGACUAAGUCCCCUAAGGGGGUCAUUCCUGUUCCGGUGGGUGGCAGUCCCAGCCAUCCUCCAAAACCGCCCAAGGAAAAAAAGAAAUCUCCCGGGAGAGCAAAGAGUCCUAAAAGCCCAAAGAGCCCAAAGAUGGUUUCAGCUAAAGCAUCCCAACCCCAGAACAAGACGGAUAGGAUGCUUAAGCUCCCGCUGUGCACGCUGAACGAGAGGAUGGGCAAAGAGAACAUCCACAUGCGUCAAAAUAUAGAAGACAGGGAGUUGGCUGAGGGCCCCUUCAAGAAAAUAGAGCCUGAUAAUGCAGCCAUUGAUGAUUCCAUUGAUGCUGUGAUUGCCAGAGCGUGUGCUGAGCGGGAGCCGGAUCCGUUCGCUUUCUGCUCGGGUUCUGAUUCGGACAGCAAUGGAUUCUCCAGCCCCAAGAGGCUGACCAUCAUGGAGCCGCCGACGCCGAAACUCUCCAUCGGGAUCUCCGUAAAUGACACGUCAACACCACUGCACCUACAGGCACACGCAGGCCUGGGAAACUGGACUAUGGAUGAUUCAAUCAACGAGGUGAUCCGGAAAGUCAACCAGGGGGGUCCUUCCGCACCACCGGCAAGCAUAGCAGACUACGUGUCCUCGGGAUCGGCCUCGCCGCCCACCCCUGAACCUCUGCUCAAGAUGUUUGAGGAGAAGAACAAGAUUGUGCCUCCGGUGGAUAUCAAGAAAAAGCUGAAGAAGGAACUCAAAACUAAAAUGAAGAAGAAGGAGAACGACAAGCCGAAAGACAAAGACCGGGAAAAGGACAGGGGCAAGCUGAAAGAGAAAAACAGGGACAAGAACAGGGACAAAAACAAGGACUUUCCCAAGGAUGCCAAGAUGCCCUGGAAGGAGUUUGGAGUGAAGGACGACGAGCACUUCCUAAUACGUGACUUCACUCUGCCCGAGGGCUCCAUCAAGAUAAAAACCCGAGAUGGAGACGGCCCUAAGAAGGAGAAACACAAAGACAAAAAGAAAGAUAAAGAAAAAAGUAAAAAGAACAAAGACAAGAGGGACAAGGGUAAAGACAGGAGCAAGGAAGACCGACUGAAGGCAUCCGUGUUGAGUGAAAUGGCACCUCUGUUCAGCCCUUCCGCCUGCCUGCGCCUCCCCUCCAUGCUCCCGUCUCUGGCCCCCAUCCUCCAGGAUAAGGAUGUGAAGAACAAGGAGAAGGACAAGAAGAAAGACAAGAAGGAGAAGAAGAAAAAGAAAGACAAGGAGAAGGAGCGAGAAAAGGCCAAAGAAAAGGAGAGGGAGAAAGAAGAGAAGAGGAAAGAAAAGGAGAGGGAAAAGGAAAAACGGGAAAAGGAGAAAGAAAAAGAGAGAAUUCGAUUGGAGAAGGUGAAAGCAGACACUCCGGCAGCUUUACCAUCUCCGGUCAUCCCCAGACUGACGCUGCGGGUGGGAGCAGGCCAGGACAAGAUUGUCAUCAGCAAGGUGGUUCCUAAUUCAGAGCCCAAGCCCCCCGCCGCCAGGUUGGGACCUGGGAAUCGCCCUCAGGCCCCCCCAUUGCUCCCAGUGCUCUCCCCGGUCGUGCCCAUUCUGCCCCUGGCCCCCUCUCUGCUUCCACCGGCUCCGGCCCCGCCAUCGUUGCUCCCCUCGGGCCCCCUGCUCUCUCCCACCGCCUCCUUCAAAACGCCGGUCCGCAGUGUGGUGACGGAGACCGUCAGCACCUACGUGAUCCGAGAUGAAUGGGGAAACCAGAUCUGGAUUUGUCCUGGAUGCAACAAACCGGACGACGGCAGUCCCAUGAUAGGAUGUGACGACUGUGACGAUUGGUAUCAUUGGCCUUGUGUCGGGAUCACCGCCGCCCCCCCUGAGGACCAGCAGUGGUUCUGUGUUAAAUGUGCCAGUAAGAAGAAGGACAAAAAACAUAAGAAAAGGAAACACAAAGCGCAUUGAGACUAUGCAAAAAACACAUAUUUGGGACUUUUUUGGACAUGAAGCCAUCACUGGACACCCGUGGCACUGCUGUAAAAUUAAAAAUUAAAAAAGUUUAAAAUUGUGGCUGAUACGAACAUCUGAUGAUUUCUUAAGGAUAUCAGCGUUUUGAGAUGGUAAGAAAAAAGGCUUUAACCAGCACAUAUCCAGCCUUAGUUCUCGUGUGUUUUUUCCCUUUUCACCUGUGAGUUGUGUGCUCGUUGUCUUGGAUGUCCAGUCUUCGGAGGUCAUGCCCAUCAUGUUUGAAUGAGGAGGCCAAGACAGUUUGUCUCAUCAAAGCAGAGAAAAACCACCAUUCAUUGUCCUUAUUUCUGUUCCCUUUGUGUUCCAAGGGAAUGACCACCAAGUCAAACAGUUUUUUUCUGCAGUAUCAUUGGAAUGUCAUGUAUAUAACGAGGAUGGCAUCAGGUGUGUAUACAUAUGUCAAUACCAACUUCCAAGCCAGGUGCAUUUCAUUCUUAGGAUUCUGACUUGUUAAAUCCAUUCUCACAUAUUGGGUUUUAACUUGAAUGAUUUCCUGUAACUUGUGUACAUAUUUUUUUAUUUUUUCUUCAUAUGGAUAUGUCCUGGAGUUAAUACUGUAGCUGUGCUUGUAAUUCAUUUCGUUGAUAUUUCAAUAUUAAAGAUGAAAGGUCUGUGUAACCACAGACUUUAAGACGUAAUUGUCAUUACCAUUCAAAAUUGACCUUAAAUUGGAUUUCAGGUUGUUGUUUUUUCAGUAACUGAUAUGUUUUGUAUUUGCUUGAAUCGAAUAGAUUAAGAAUAGUUCAACACACUGGGUUUCAGAAGAGGUAAGAUCCAAGAGCCUUCUUUCCAGCAGUCUACGCAGUGCAUCAGCCCAGGCUUCUCUGCGCACCUCAUUCCGUCAGCUAUCUGGGAGAGUGCUCAGACUGUUGUGGCUAUAUUGCAUGCCCCUAAUUACUGUCAUUGCAGAUUGUUUGGCUCUACCAAUGGAGACGCUUCCACGGUAGUGGGGAGUUGACCAGGUGUGACGUAUGUCUCCAUGUAUGGACAUACCUGAUUGAAGUGGGCGUGGCCUCUCUGGAUUACCCAGGAUAAAGGAACCAGUGACGCGUCGCGGGGGUUGGGCGAACAAACAGACUCCACAAGGCCUUUGUUCUCGAAAGGCCUUUUCCCCGCACUUGUGUUAAUAGACAAUAAAAUGAUUUCAUGCAAACCA